UGGAUGCUUAACCACAGCUAUUUGUGUUUUGGGUGGGGCCUGUUUUCCAAUCUCCUGCCAAGAAAAGCCCCUUGCUUGCUUGCAUACACUGUGGUCUUUGCUGUGUAAGAGCAAAAACUGGAUGGGGAGCUGGACAGCUUAAAAAAAACCUUACUUUUCCUAACUCCUUCUGCCACUGGAUGUUACUCUCCUCAUUAGCUCACAAAGAAAGGGGCUGUAGAACAACAGUUCAAUGAAAAAUACAUCAUAAGACCCGUUUUAUCAAGAAACUGCUGUCUAUCCACAGCAUGCCCAGAGACCCCACUGCCCCGGGCACAACUGCCAUGCAGGUUGAGAAAGUUGGGUGCUGGAGGAGUGGGCUAGACAGGCCCAAGUCCUGCAGGGAGAAGUUCCUACAAGCUUGGAAUGAAAAGCUGAAACUCCAGCCUUGCCCCAUCUCCCCGCAAGUGCCAAACUGCCCGUCCCCCGGCAGCAUUCCGGCCCAGGGGCAGUGGCCUGGGGCUGAGCCUGUACCUUUCUCGCUCAAGGGGGCUCUGCUGCAUCCUAGCUGCCAUCCUGGUGACAAUGCCCUUUACUUCCUGGCAGUGGUGACUGCAGUGGACCACUCAGGCUCCACCCCUGUGUCUUUUGUGGCACCUGGGGGCUGCUCCGGGCACACACCCAGAACUCCAGCUGGAAUACGACCCUGUGACAAAGAUCCAGGUCCUUUCUACAAGGAGCUGGCAAGACCCCCCUUGGCCUGGGAAGGGAACUCUGAGGAGGAACUCCUCCAGAUCUGUGCUUCAGACUUGCUGCUGGGCUCCUCUCUGAGGAAGAGGCCGCGGCUGUUACCCCCCAACAGGAAGAUGCACGUAGAGGUAUGGAAAAGAAAACCAGCAUCCCAUCCUCCGGAGGAGGGCGCGAGAAGCCCGGUCCCUCUGGAGUACAGUCACCUGGUAGAUGCCAUGGCAAUGACUGAGCCCGCCGACAUUUCUGAGGUGGAAUCUUUCUACCGGCAAUUCACCCCCUGGCCAAGGAGACGAGGCUCCUGCAGGAGCACGAAGGCUGUUCACGCUCAGACAGACAGCGCGUUGCCUGUCAGGAAAGCAGAUGAGGCUGCCCCCGAGCAGCAUAGCCUCUGGGGAGCAGCAGGCAGUGGCUUUAAGCAGCACCCCAAGAGGGCCAUGGCCUCCAUUUCCACCCUCAUCCUGGCUGCCAAGCGGCCCAGAGACACUGCUUGGAGUGAGCACCUCCCACCCAAGAAACGGUACAUCCAGUACUGACUCCAGUGGACACAUGGGGCUCUUGUUGUUCACUAGGACCGGCUGGUGUGCUCCUACGACUUCAGUGUAAUGAGGAGUUCUCUCCCAGCCAGAGCCAAGUGCCCGUCAGAGCAGCAUUCCCUGCAGCAGCACCCAACUCAGGGACUCUGGCUAAGCUCCCCUUCACCUCCAUUUUAAAUAGACAAUUGUGUUUUUAAAAUAAAUCCCUUUUUUAGAGGUCACCUGGUGUUUGUUCACUGCAGAUGGUGGGUUGAGGAAGAGGUGCUUGGGAGCUCCUUCAAGGGAAGGGUGUAUCAUUUACUAUGUUUGCACAGUGCCUCGCCUCUAGGUGCUAUUGGAUUAUUAAUUUUAAUUAAUUGGGCACUCCCUGGCCACUUCUCAAAGAGGGGAUGCUUUGAGCAGGAGAGAGGUGAAGCCUCUCAGGAGUGUUGUCACCUUACUGAAAGCAGGGGCGGCUCUGUAUUUUGCCGCCCCAAGCACGGCAGUCAGGCGGCUUUUGGCAGCGCGCCUGCGGGAGAUCUGCUGGUCCCACGGCUUCGGCAUAUCCACCGCCGAAUUGCCGCCAAAACCGUGGGACCGGCAGACCUCCCACAGGCAUGCUGCCGAAGGCUCCCUGACUGCCACCUCCACAGCGACCGGCAGGGAGUCCUCUGCGGCUUGCAGCCCCAGACAUGCGCUGGUGCCUGGAGCCACCCCUGACUGAAAGGCUGCAAACCACUUAAUGCUUUGUAUGCUAAGGGUAUGCACAGGGACUAUUC